GACGCCUGAUAUAGCAGACCAUUUGGUGAGCAGCCAUGGCCUGUGGGCAAUUGCCGAGAGACCAUGUUGAGGUUGCGAGCCAGCUGCUGCCAUGGGCUGGAACGGCGGUUCCAGGCCCUUGCAGCCCCAGAGGCGUGCCGGGUCCAGUCCCCGGUCUUCACAGACACCCGGUUUGAGGACCUGGGCCUGGAUGAGAGGCUGCUCAAGGGCCUGGAGGCGUCCUUGGGCCGGGGCGCCCGCUUGACGCCGGUGCAGCAGCGCACCCUGUCCCGCCUCUCAGAGGGACGGCCUCCUGACCUCUUGCUGCAGGCCCACACUGGAACGGGCAAGACUAUCGCCUUUUUGCUGCCUUCGCUGCAGCGCCUUCUGCUGCGAGAGGAGGCAAGACGUACAGGCGUUCCUCAACCGGAGGGCGUGUCCGUGUUGGUGCUGGCGCCCACUCGCGAACUGGUUCUCCAACUGGCUAAAGUUUCCAGCCGCCUUCUGCAGUACAGCGGCGGCCUGGUUCGAAGCUCCUUCGUUGCCGGUGGGUUUUCAAUGCAGGAUGACAUUGGACGGCUCAGAGCAGAUGGGCCGCAGAUACUGUUUGCAACACCUUGGCGUUUAGUCCGGCAUUUGCAAACAACUCCGCACUUCGUCAGUGCCCUGAAAUCAAUUGAGCUGCUUGUGCUGGAUGAAGCGGAUCGCUUGUUGGACCCGUCCUUUGUGCACAAGGUGGACUACGUCUUCCGAUGCUUGCCCUCUGCUAGGCCUCAAAUGUUGCUUUGCUCAGCGACGUUCAGCGAGCCGAUGCGGAAAUUUGCAGUCCGCUCCAUGCGAGCACACUUGGAAGUGAUCAAUACAGUUGCAGAGGAGAUUGGCCAGGCCAGUGAGGCCUACCCACAAGCUCAGCAAGCCCAAGUUGCGCAGCCAGUGGACCAGGUGCUUGUGCGCUAUCAGCCGGAGAAGUUCCUGCCAGUCCUGCAUGCACUGCUGACCAGAGAAAUGCAAUGUGAAGGAGGAGACCACCGGCGAGUGCUGGUGAUUUUCCCCACUGUGCGGUGGCUGCAGUUUUUCUACGUGCUUCUGAAGCAUCGCGUAAACAUGCCCGGGCUCUUCGCAUUGCACCGCAGCCUGUCAGAUGAUCGGCGGCGAAGCCGCGCCGCAUGCUUCUCCAAGGGUGCUCCGCCCAUGAGCGGAAUUCUAUUUGCCACCGAUCUUGCUGCGAGAGGAAUGGAUUUUGAUGUCCAUGCAGUGGUUCAGGUCGGGCCACCGAGUGACCGGGAGCAGUAUGUGCACCGUGCCGGCAGAACAGGACGUUUGGAGUCCCGGGGGCGCUCGUUCCUUUUGCUGAACCCGCUUGAGGAGGCUGUGCUGCAGGAGCUGUCCGGGUUGCGGCUGCACGAAGAGACCAUCCAGGAGGCAGUCGGCUUGGAUGCGGUGAUGGAAAAGAUGCAUGGCUGGUGGGAGGACACCAAUGUGUCCGCAUCUGGCCACCUGUUCUACGCCAGUGCCACGGCUUUCUACUUGAAGGAGAUGGGUCGCUUGCGAGUUAAAGUUGGCGACCUGGUGCAAGCUGUUGCGGCCAUGUUGCAGUCUACUGGCUUGCCAAAGGAGCAUGGCCUGCCUGCUAUCCCGCGCGGCCUAGCAGCACGAUUGCGCGAAAAGGACGAGCUGGUGCCUGUCCGCACGGAGACUGUGCGGGAGCGGUGGGACGUGCUGUCUGCCUUGGUUCCUGGCCCACGUGCCAGGUCGCCAGAGAGACUCUCCGAGCCACAGGAAGGCCACUUGAGAGAAAUGCGGCGCACCUGUGGGAGCUUGGGUCGAUUUCACGAUACGCUUUUUGGCUUUUUGCUCAAAGCUUGCCAUGCAUGUCCUGGAA